AUGGGAAAGGACGCCGGAAUUAAAGGUGUGAAUUACGAUUCCGAAGGUCCGAAGGGUAUUCGUAUCGAAUCCAUUGAUGUGACCGACUGCUGGUUCGAAAGUCCGGAGGACAGAAUUCACCUAGGUGAACCUACGGAUAUUGUGUACGAUUGGCUUCCUAACUCUGUAACCUGGACGGAGCUAAUGGAGGGAUUGGAAGAGAUGAGAGCGGUACACGAAGUGGAAAGGGCUAAGGAAACGGACAAGGAAAGGUGGACACGUGAAUGUGAAGAAGAUGCAAGGUUCGCUAAACUUUUGAAGGAAAUGGAUGAGAAUAAUGAAUGGGUUGAAACACCGGUAAGGGCUGGGACUCGAAAUGUUCUAUUUGGUAAAAAUUGGUGA